UUGUGGGGUGGGGAAAAGAUGAGCAUGGUAAUUAUCCCGACACCCCACGGAUGGUGAAAGUGCCGAUAGUAAGCCAGUACGAUCGAAUCAGGUCUUGAUACGGAGAAUAUGUGGCUUUAUUGCGGCAUACUGAUUCAUCUGUUUGGAUUUCUACUCGCAAGAUCGUUCGACGAUGCCGAGAGACAUACCUCACCUUUGGAGAGAAAAUUAACGUUGAAAUUGAAAACGGCGGCACGACUGAAGCACAAUCUCGGGAAAAUUCUUCACGAGUUGCCAAUACAAAGUUACGAGAUGCAUCACUCCAUAAAGAUCAUCGAGGAUUAUUUGAAAAACGGCGGUUCGUUGCUCGAGUGUCUCGACGUCUUACCUUCAGUAACAUACGCACCUAUCGUAGAGCAGAUAGACAGUAUCUUUGGAUCCAUGGAGGACCGCUUGCCCAAGUACCUCCUGCCAGCGGUAUCCUUGAUACGGCGAUCGCUGUCGGAGGGCCUUCUGGAUGCCAACGAGAUCUACAGACCCACUUUCGGGCCGCUGAAGGCCGACCCAUUGGAGAAGAUCCCUCUGAGAGAGUUGAAGGAAGCUGCCUCGCCUCUGACCUAUCGCGCGCCAGUCAAGAGUAUCAAAGGCCCCUGGCCGAAGAUUGUCGGUGAGACGGCGACGUUAAUCCACGACGAGAACAUCCCUCCGCGUUCUGAAAUGAUUGCGUACAUGUUAGCAAAUCUGCGGAUACCCGACGCGACAGCGGAAGUGAGAGAAUCGAUCGUGCUCCUCGUCGAAUAUCUAAGAUCGCACGGCAAGCACAAAUUGACGGGCUUCAGUCUAUCCUCCGAUCCGUACGCACUGGUCGCCAAUGCCGUCUCGAGUCUGUCCCUGCAAAACGACACGCUGAUAGCCGCCAACGUGUUGCUGCCGUUCUUGCGACGACCCUCUGAGUGUCGAGGAUCCGCCGAGUUCGCCAACUUCUUUCAGAACGACACUCUUAAUUACACUCUACUGAUAUCUCGAGACAGGACGGUCUCUAGAUCGAGAGACGGUAUCGCAUUUCUUGCCAUGAUUCAGCAGAAGAGUACGGAUGUAUCGGAUAUCAUAGAACGAUUUUCCCCCUUUGAAUAUGCGUCCUGGAAAGAUCUGUUGCUGGCUUUCGUCGGCCAACUCAGGCGUCUACAGCCUCAUCAGGGCAAAUUAUCGAACGUUGUAGACAGCGUCUACGGUGAGCUGAUUCUGAGAAAUAACCGAAAGCGUUGGCAACUUCUGAGGAACUCUAUUAUUGCCGCACCGGUUCUUUCUGCGAUAGCUAGAAGAGAGAACUCCCUCAGGACUCGAAGACUACUCCUGGAUGUGGCUGCGGACAGGACAAUUAAACCGGAAGUCUGGCGGGAGGCACUUGCUUUCUCUUCUUCGGAGGACAUCAGUGGGCCGAUUAACGCCGCACUAAACACUCUGAAGGCUCUACUAGCUUCGGGUCUUCUUCCGAACGGCGUUCUAUCGAUGAAUAUCGCCGAGCUGAUAACCAUUUUCGAGACUAGGCUCGAUCGAGGACAGGCUGACUGCUCCAGUCAAUUAGAAACACACUUGGUUAAUUUUACUCAAGUAGAAAUGGAAACCGAUGAAAAGAAGGCAAUUGAGGACGUCGAUGUCAAGGAUCUUCUUCAGGCUUUGUCAGGUUUGGACAUCUACACGGAUGAAUACAAAAACCUGAAGAGCUUUCUGUCGCAGAACGGCUUGGAGACGAAGAUAGGACGAGUUGAUCUAAUUGCCCAUCCCACCAGAGGUAGAUUACUAGCGCAAUUAUUGCAGAUGAUAGAGCGUGCCGACAGUGUCGAUAAUAAUCUACGACGUUUGGCUGAGCAGCUUGUCGACAACGUGGUCUAUGAGGGUUACGGCUCUGGUGCUUUGUCGUAUCGUUCUAAUUAAUUCGACAAUGAGCACGAUUUUGUACUCUCCUGAUCGAGUAAAUCUCACGACAAAUUUCCGUCGAUAUCUCGUCCCGAACAAAUAACGAAUAUUAAUUUAGUUGAACGAAUAAAAAUUACAGACAUUAUUGUACCAUAUGAUUCUAUCUGAUAAAUUGUCGAAGAAUUUUUUACCUAUCGCUGUUGAGUAAAAUGCGAUCUAAUUAGAACUAUGCAAUAAAAUUGAAGAAAAAGUGUUAAAACCACUUCUAACGUUACAGCGAUUGAAGAAAUCGAUAUUAAAACGAUAUAUUUUGUUAAAUUGUAGUCGAGUGAAGAGAAAAGAAGUUAGAAUUAAUACAAGAAUGCGAUUAUUGCAAGCGUUGGAAAAUC